GGUCCAUGUUGCUUUAGACAGCUUUGGCCACGCUAGUGAUCAUUGGCUUUGGCUAAUAUUGAGCGUAAAAUACUAAGUAGUGAUCUGUGUAGCGGGUGUAACGUGUGCCCCUAUAUUUAGCCGACUAUUUAUUUUUAUUUAAAGGCUUUUUGUUGUUUUUUUAGUUUAAAGUCUUCAUUUGGCAAGUGAAACAUUUACCCAUUUACUCCCGUUGUGGCUUUGGUCGAUUCUUGGCUUUUCACUUGGCUUCAGCCGAUGGAGCCGAGUUGUCCUCGUCUUCCACAGCCGUCGUUUUUGAACUGUUCUUGAACUUUGAGUGAGGCGAUGUGCGCUGCAGAACGGAACCUCGGCGAGAAAUUCCUCACAAGCAUCCAGAAGGUGUUUUCCAGAGGCACGGAUGCUUUCAGGCGCUCGUCCUCCAGCUUCAGCAAGUAUGGCCCUGGAAUGGACGUCCUCUUCGGCGAAGUCACCAAGGGCCUCGAAUCGAACGUCGACAAGGAGUUCAAGCUCGUGCUGCAAGAGUAUGGGUUGCUCGAAAAGUUUGCCUUGUUGUCGAGGUUGGAAGCAGCGCAGGAACAGUAUAAGGGAACACGGGCUUGGAGGCCCAGCGGGAAUCCGGCCGAGGACGCCGAAGCCCACUGGGAGGAGAAUUCCGAAGAACACGCAAACAGGCUGAAGGCGCUUCUACGGGAACUGGAGGCCGAAAACCGCCGGCUCGAAGAACAAGUGAUGCUCGGGCGGAAGCAGUGCCACGACAUCAACGCCGAGGCCGAAAUCGCAGCGAUGGAGAUAGACAAGGAGUGCUGGAGACAGACCAAAGACGAAGACUGACCGAUCCCACAAACUCAAGUGGUGUUGUUUACCCAAUUUUAAUUGUGUAAUUUAAUUUGUAAAAUGUGUAACUUACCUAAUUAACAAUCUCAAAGCUCCCCUUUUCAUCUUGUCUACCUAUGAUCCUUUGUUUAGUGUUUCCACCUUGAAAAGCCAACUAGCCACGUCCUCUUUGCAGCUCCGCAGGAAAGUCUCUCAGCACUGCCUUCUUCAUAAAAUCGACUUGCCUUCUUCAUAAAAUCUACUACCAGAUUUCAUACCUUAAAAAUGAGUUGCCAUCACCCCCCCCGACUGAACAUUGUGCCUUAACAACACACGUGUCAUUAUUUCAGGCUCUACGAACGCAUUUAAUUGAUCAUUCCUUCUUCGGGCCAUCAGCGACUGGAACAACCUCCCAUUAUCCAUUCUCACCACUCUAUACCCGAGUAAUCUUCUAUAUUGUAUUAAACUUCAUGUCUAGUCUUACUAGUUACUAGUUUCCUUUUGUGUUUUUCAUGUAUUUGCAUUUCUUUAUUGUAUAAAUCUUGAAUUCCCUAAUGUAAUGCCCUUCACGGGCCCUUGAGGUGUAAAUAGAUGAAAAUAAAAAACAACCUAAUGUGGUUGUUCACAACCAAUGCAUUGAUUCUUUGUGCCU